AUGACUAGGAGCAUUGAAGAACUUCAGGCUCCUGGAUUCUGCCACAACCAUUUGACAUACAUCAUCCAGCAGCACGCUCUCGAAUGCAAGCAUAAAAGGGAGGCGAACCAGAACCGCAACCGCACGCUCUACCGUAUGCAGUUCACCUUCAGCAUUGACCAGCCUACUGCCCCUGCAACCUCGAUGCCUAUGAAGGAUCAGCAGUUCACUCAGCACGAGGAGCUCACUGUGUCCCUGCCAAUGAACGAGGUGCAAUGCUUCUGGAUGUACCUGCUCCUCACGCAGCUCGACACCGGAACCCACAGAAUCACCCGCGCGCACCGCAUCGGGCAGACGCAGGCAGUGAAGGUGUCCUGGCUGAUCUGCCAGGGCAGCAUCAAGGACCAGAUGUUGGACCACAUCUAG